ACUUUCUUAUUCUUCUUCUUCUUCUUUCUCUCUCUAACCAAAAACCAGAGGAAAAGUCUCGGAUCGUUCUGAGCGAGCCAAAAUGUUUCCGUAAGUAUUAUCUGCAUCAUUUCUCUUCGCAAUUUCCGAUUACAUUCGAUUCAAUUUUCGUUGAUUCUGUGCUGUAUUGCUUUCGUAAGUUUCUUACGUUACUGAUUGAGCAAGCUCGACGAUUCUUCGUGAUUCGUUCCCACUAGUUUCGUACGGAAGGUUUUCGGUUCUUGAUUUGAUGAGUUUAGCUUAAUUCCAUUGUAUAUGUAUUGAUUUUGUGGCUGUGUAAUGGUAGAAGCUCUGUUUGUAAGAUUGUAAUCGGUUGUUAGGGGAAUGGGGCUUGUUUUUGGUGUAAUGUGUUGUUGAUGUGAGUUUUAGAUGUGGUUUUUUGGUUUCUUUGUUGAUUUUGUGAAGUGGGUGGUUGUUAAUUGAUGCAAAAAUGCAACUUUGAAUGUGAUCCGCGUAAUGGGGAUUAUUUGGUGAUUGGUGUUCCUAUCUAAUGAGACGUCGUUCGGCGGCGAGUGUUCCGUCCGAGCAAAUGGAGAAGGGGACGGGGAAGAAUCAGCAUAACCGGCUUUGUUGCUUGGUAGCGUUAUCGGCGUUUUUCUGGAUUUUGUUGUUGUAUUUUCAUUUUGCUGUGCUUGGACGUAAUGGUGUGGAUGAAUCAGUCAAAUUGCAGCCUGUUUCACUUGACAUUGAUUCAUCUAUUACCCAUGUGACCAGUGGUAGUGAUCUUCAAUUGCCCAUUCCUCCAAAACCUACUCAGAGUCGUGAACAUGUAGCUAGUCCUCGAAAAAUGGCUAACCCUACUCCGAAAGUGGCUACCCAUAGUCCUGAAAAGGAGGCUUUUCCUUUCAUGAAAGCAUUGAGAACCAUUGACAACAAGAGUGAUCCCUGUGGUGGGAGGUACAUAUAUGUGCAUGAACUUCCUUCGAGGUUUAAUGAGGAUAUGUUGAAGGAGUGUAGGAGCUUAAGUCUUUGGACUAAUAUGUGUAAGUUCACCACUAAUGCUGGGCUUGGUCCUCCACUGGAGAAUGUUGAAGGUGUGUUCGAGGAUACAGGGUGGUAUGCGACAAAUCAAUUUGCUGUUGAUGUCAUUUUCAACAACAGGAUGAAGCAAUACGAAUGUUUGACCCGAGAUUCCUCUAUUGCUGCUGCUGUUUUUGUACCCUUUUAUGCUGGGUUCGAUAUUGCUCGGUAUUUGUGGGGGUACAAUAUCUCGACAAGGGAUGCAGCUUCACUCGAUUUGGUUGAUUGGCUUAUGAAGAGGCCGGAGUGGGGUAUUAUGGGUGGCAAAGACCAUUUUCUUGUUGCUGGCAGAAUAACUUGGGAUUUUAGAAGACUGUCUGAGGAAGAAUCAGAUUGGGGUAACAAGCUUCUUUUCUUACCUGCUGCAAAGAAUAUGUCUAUGCUUGUGGUUGAAUCAAGCCCAUGGAAUGCUAAUGACUUUGGCAUUCCAUAUCCCACGUACUUCCAUCCAGCAAAGGAUGCAGACGUAUUCGUCUGGCAGGACCGAAUGAGAAAGCUAGAGCGGAAGUGGCUUUUCUCUUUCGCUGGUGCUCCUCGUCCUGACAAUCCUAAAUCUAUCAGAGGCCAGAUCAUUGAUCAAUGCAAAACGUCUAAGGUUGGCAAACUGUUGGAAUGUGAUUUUGGGGAGAGCAAGUGUCAUUUGCCAAGCAGUAUAAUGCAGAUGUUUCAGAGCUCUCUUUUCUGCCUACAACCACAGGGUGAUUCCUACACUCGAAGAUCUGCUUUUGAUUCGAUGUUAGCCGGUUGCAUUCCUGUCUUCUUUCAUCCGGGCUCAGCAUACACACAAUAUACAUGGCAUCUCCCUAAAAACUACACAAAGUACUCAGUGUUCAUUCCAGAAGACGAUAUCCGCAAGAGCAAUAUUAGCAUAGAGGAAAGGCUUCUUCAAAUCCCUCCAGAACAGGUUAAGAUCAUGAGAGAGAAUGUUAUAAGCCUUAUCCCUACGCUUAUAUAUGCUGAUCCCCGCUCUAAAUUGGAGACCCUCAAAGAUGCCUUUGAUGUUUCUGUACAAGCAAUCAUAGACAAAGUUACCAACUUAAGGAAAGACAUCAUCGAGGGUCGGACAGAUGAGGGCUUCAUCGAAGAGAACAGUUGGAAGUAUGCUUUGUUGGAGGAGGGACAACGUGAAGUGGGACCUCAUGAAUGGGAUCCUUUCUUUUCCAAACCAAAGGGCGAGAACAGUGAAUCCACUGAUAAAUCUGCCGAGGUUGCCAAAAAUUCCUGGAAGAAUGAGCAGCGGAAUCAGUCAUGAUCUGAGGUAAACUAUACACAGCACUAGCAACAGUUUAUAAAGUAAUGCUUAGUAAAUGCAGGCAACAACAGUUUAGAAUUAAUGAGAUUCAUCUUAGUUUUACUGUCUUGAGCAAGCAAAGCAUGAAUGAAGCCUUGCUAGCUAGGCCCUUGUUAUGACAAACCCCCCAACUCAGAAUUUAGCAUGGACCAUAUCUUUGUUAAAACCAAAACAUAGACGAAUAUCUUUCAUACACCAUAUAUAUUUUUUUUUAAUAAUAUUAUCGCAUAAUGUAUUCUGUUCAGCCAUUCUUUUUGAUGUAUUGUAGUUGAGUUUUAAUCUUCAUUUACAGGAAAUAAAGUUUGAAAUGAGUUUUUGUUACCA